AUGGACGCUGAGUCAGUACCAUCACCAGGAGAGCAGUCUAGGCCGUCUGGGGCGGACCGCUGUGGUCUGAGCCCGGCGAAUGGUGUGUGUAAUGGUGCCCAGGCAACGGCAUCAGCUGGACAUAAUGGCAAGGGCCCAAGGGCCGCACAGGCCAGGAAGCAGGGGGACAAGACGAAGGUGAAGACACAGGAGAAGAGGAAGAGGACGAAGAAGAAGAAGAAGGCCCCGCCCACGACCAGCGUCAAGCUUGUGGUUCGGCUGCUGCCACCGGAACUCGAGCCUGAAGAGUUCUGGAACAAGGUGAAGAUCAACAGACAGCAAACAGAUGGAUGCUAUUACAUGAAGGGGAAGCUGUUCCCCACCAAGCCGUACAAGAACGUGCUCUACUCGAGAGCGUAUGUGUCGUUCAAGACUGCUGAGUACGCCAAUGCGUUUGUUCACUCGCUUAAGGGGUUGAAGUUCCAGGAUGGUGAGGAUGAUGCUGGGCCGAUGGUGAUGAAGAGCCUCUUCAACAAGAUGCCGCAGGAUGCUCGCAGGGAGAAGUCCUUUGAAGCGAUGCCGGAGUAUCUCAAGUUCUUGCAGUACCAGCGAGGUGAGCUCGAGAAGCUGGACCUGUUUGCUAAGGAUAAGCCUAAGCCCAAGGCCAAGGAUAAGAAGCAGGCGCAGAAGAGGGCUAAGGGCAAGGCGGCAAGGGGCAAGGGCGAGAAAGGCGGCAAGGACGGCCAGUCGAAGCUGGACACUGCGAAGCUGGGCCCUGCGAAGCUAGAAGCUCCCACCAAGGCUGUGAAUCCAAAGAAGAAGCCCAAUAGGAAGGGAAAGGCGGCUGACAAGAGAGAGCCUGCUGUGAAGGAGCGGAAGGACGGUGAGAAGCCAAAGCCUCAGAGCACCGGUGAUAAACCGAAGCCUAAGCCUAAGCCGAAGAGCGCUGGGAAGACCACCACGAAGAAGACUGCAAAGGCCGCUGGCAAGACCGCUGGCAAGGCCGCUGGUGAUGGUGAUGUGACCUCCAAUGCCUUAAAAAGUAAACAAAAGCGUCCAAGGAAGAAUCCACAAACAAAGAACAUGACGGACUCGCCACAGACACCGAAGAUUUCAAUACUGAAGCGUGAGUGA